CAUAUCCGAACCAAACUACAAAAAGUGGAGUAAACUUUUUCGUCUACUUGCACUUCGCUUCAAUCUCAUGGGAUUUCUCGACGGCACCACUAUUGCCGCCUCCUCCGACGACGUUGAAUGGCUCCAGUUCGAUGCCCUCCUUCAAGGGUGGAUUCUCUCCACUAUCACUGACGAGGUUUCAGAUCUUGUUCUCGCCAACAGCCCCUCUGCUAAUUCUUUCUGGACAGCGAUCUACAAAUUAUUUCAUGACAACAAACAUGCUCGGGCGAUGCAAUUGGAGCAUCGUUUUCGCACAACCGUCAAGGGCAACCGGACGAUCAAUGAAUAUUGUCAUCUCCUCAAAAAUCUUGCCGACUAUCUCGAUGAUGUGGAUGCUCCGGUGACCGAACAUGCCUUGGUUUUACAGGUUCUUCAGGGGUUGCCGCAAGACAUACGAGGCCAGGUCACUUUUCUUCAGUAUCAGACUCCUUUUCCGACUUUUUUGGAGGUCCGUUCGGCCCUAUUGCUCGUCGAACAACAACAAACCGACGCCACCCAUGGCACCGGCUCAUCGACGGCACUCCUUAGCACUGGCAGUGGCGGCGGGUCUCCAGCGGCGGGCGGAAAGCAGCGACAGGCAGGGGUCCUGGGCGCGGCUAUGGUAGUCAAUCUCGACCCUUCAACAUUGGAAACCGCGGACGGGGACGUGGCCGUGGUCUAGCGGCUCGAAUCAGCGACAACCCAUUGGUCCGCAACCCUGGCAGU